UGUUUUUGUUUAGUUUAUCUGCGGCGCGAAAGCGACGCGUUCGUUUCGUGCUGUGUAUUUUGUGUAUUGUUUAUAAAUAAGUAGUUAACUGUAUUAAUCGUGUGCGAAAAAUAAAAUAAAUAAUUAAUUACAUAAUUAUUCUAACUGGAAGUUUUAUAGUAGACUUCCUAUCAUUAGUGGGACGAACAGUAAUUUAAAAGACAAGUAUUUCUCGGGGGCAUUGCCCGGUAUUGAAGGGUCGCACGCCACAGUCGGUUAAUAAAAAUAGAAGUGAUAUUAAAUGUCUUUUGAGACAUUGGGUCGCGGUGCUGUUUAUGUGAUGAUAUUAAAUAGAUGUUAAUACAAUAAGAGGGUGCAAUGAGCCCUUCGUGUGGCAGGCCGGCCGUGCUGGCCGCCUUUGUAGCAGCUGUGUGCGUCGCCGCGCCGGCGGCGGCGGCACAGCCAGCUGAACCUCUUCCACACCCUGGGGCGGCGGGCGAGGCGGUGGCAAGCGCGGGCGCGUCGUGCGGCGCGGAACAGUUCGCGUGCGCGGACGGCUCGCGCUGCGUGCCGGCCGCCUGGCGCUGCGACGCGCGCCCGCACUGCCCGGACGGCUCCGACGAGAUCGAUUGCAGUUGGAACACGACAUGCGCGGCGGCGCAGUUCCGGUGCGCGCGCAGCGGGCUGUGCAUCGCGGCCAGCUGGCGCUGCGACGGCGACCCCGACUGCGGCCCCCACGACCACUCCGACGAGGACCCGCACUUGUGCGAGGAGGAUUUCAAGUGUCCGGGUAAUUGGGCGCGGUGCGCGGAGCCCGUGGACGGGCAGUUCACGUGCGCGCCCAUCGCCGCCUUCUGCGACGGCACGCCGCACUGCGCCGACCGCAGCGACGAGUACAACGACAUCUGCGGCAACUUCACGGAGGCGCAGUGCUCGCCGCUGGGCUGCGAGGCGGGCUGCCGGCCGACGCGCGAGGGGCUCGCCUGCUACUGCAGCGACGGCUACGAGCCCCGGGACGGCCGCUGCGUCGAUUUCGACGAGUGCACGCUGGAGACGUCGUGCUCGCAGCUGUGCACCAACUCGCGCGGCUCGUACUCCUGCUCCUGCGUGGCCGGCUACGUGCUGCAGUCCGACGGCACCUCCUGUGCUGCAGUCAAUGAGCCGGUGGAUGCGCCGCUGUCGCUGGUGGUGGUGACGCAGACGAGCGUGGAGCGCGUGUGGGUGGACGCGCCCGCGGACGCGGCCACGGCCACGGACGGACCCACGGACACGCACGCGCACGCGCACGCGCACGCGCACGCAGCCGCGCGCAACGCCUCGCUGCCAGCGCUCAACGUGCGCGCCGUCGACUUCGACUACACCAAUGGCACGAUCUGCUACGUGCACCACAACCUGAGCAAGUCGGGCAUCGUGUGCGUGGACGCGGACGACUUCAGCCGCCGCACCGUGCUGCCCACGCCCGCACUCUUUCCAGACGUCAACUCCGUGAGCCACAUGGCGAUCGACUGGGUGUCGGGCAACUGGUACCUGGUGGACGAGGCGCGCGAGGCGCUGUACGUGUGCGAGCGCGAGCUGGCCAGCUGCCGGCUGCUGCUCGACUCCGGCCUCGACAAGGUGCACGGCUUCGCCAUCGACCCCACCGUCGGGUUCAUGUUCUGGACGGUGUGGGGAGCGUCGGCCCCGAGCGUGGAGCGCGCGGACCUGGCGGGCGGCAACCGCACGGCGCUGGCGCGGCUCAAGCUGGUGUACCCGUCCGCGCUCACGCUGGACCUGCCCGCGCGCGCCCUCUACUGGCUCGACGCCUACCUCGAGACCAUCGAGCGCGCCGACUACGACGGCCGCCGCCGCCGCACGCUGCGCUACCAGCCGCUGCGCAGGGGAUACGUGACGCAGAAGCUGCAGCAGAUGUCGCUGCUGGAGAGCACGCUGUACCUGCCGCUGUGGGACAACUCGAGCGUGGUGGGCGUGGCGCGGCUCGGGCCGCAGCCGCCGCGCCACGUGGCCGCGCUGCACGCGCGCCCCGCCGCCGCGCUCGUCUACCACCGCCAGCGCCAGCCCGCAGUGCAGCACCCGUGCGCGCGGCAGCGCGGCGGCUGCGCACACAUCUGCGUGACGGCGUACGCGCACGGCGCCGCGCGGCCGCACUGCCUGUGCCGCCACGGGUACCGCCGCGCCGGCCACGGCGACUGCCUCCGUGAGUGUACACCGCCACCCUACACCGCCCCGCGCCGCACCGCACCACACCGCACCACGCCGCACUACACUACACUACACUACACUACACUACACUACACUACAUGUCAUCUGCGUGACGGCGUACGCGCACGGCGCCGCGCGGCCGCACUGCCUGUGCCGCCACGGGUACCGCCGCGCCGCACGGCGACUGCCUCCGUGAGUGUACACCGCCACCCUACACCGCCCCGCGCCGCACCGCACCACACCGCACCACGCCGCACUACACUACACUACACUACACUACACUACACUACACUACAUGUCAUCUGCGUGACGGCGUACGCGCACGGCGCCGCGCGGCCGCACUGCCUGUGCCGCCACGGGUACCGCCGCGCCGGCCACGGCGACUGCCUCCGGCCGGAGGUGGACAGCUACCUGGUGGUGGCCCGCGGCGCGCCGCCGCUGGUGCAGCUGCUGGCGGCGGGCGGCGCCGACGAGGUGGCCGCGCCCGCCGCCGACGCGGCGCGGCCCACCGCCGCCGACCUGGACCUGCGCCGCCGCCACCUCUACUACUGCGACGUGCACAAAUACGAGAUAGUUCGUCAAAAAUUGGACGGCAGCGAACGUGAAGUGUUCAUUGGACAGGAUGUGGACAACUGCGAGGGGCUCGCCGUCGACUGGAUGGGCGGCAACCUGUACUGGACGGACGACGCGCUGGGCCGCGUGAGCGUGGCGCGGCUGGCGGCGGACGGGCCGGACCGCGUGCAGCGCGUACUCGUCGACGAGCCCAACUUCAACCCGCGCGCGCUGGCGCUCGACCCCGCCAACGGAGUGAUGUACUGGACGGUGUGGGCGAGUGCGAUGUCGGCGCGCGGCCGCAUCGAAACCGCCGCCAUGGACGCGAGCGGCCGCAGGACGUUGAUCGACACCGACUUGCACUGGCCCAACGGACUCGCGCUACAUCCUGAUGGGGCCACCCUCUACUGGUGUGACACGUACUUGAACAAGAUCGAGCGGCUGGUGUUAACGACGGGUGCUCGCGAGCUGGUAGUGAGCGACGCGCCGCACACGCCCGUGCUUAAGCCGUACGGACUCGCGCUGCACGAAGGCGCGGUGGUGUGGAGCGAGCACGGCACGGGCGCCGUGCGGCGGCUGCAGGCGGACGGCCGCGUGCGGCUGCUGCGCCAGCUGCCGCCGCCGCUCUACGACCUCAAGCUCGUCUCCGCUGCCGCGAGGACCGGCGAGAACUCGUGCUCGCGGGCCAACGGCGGCUGCGCGGAGCUGUGCCUGGCGCGCAACGCGUCGGCGCACGUGUGCGCGUGCGCGGCGGGCGGCCGGCCCGGCGCGCGCGGCGGCUGCCUGCCGGCGCCGCCCGCCGCCGCGCCCGCGCCGCGCUGCCCCGCCGGCCAGUUCCACUGCGGCCGCGGGCGCUGCAUCGACGCGCUGUACGUGUGCGACGGCGACGCGGACUGCCCCGACGGCUCCGACGAGAACGCCUCGCCCGCCGGCCCGUGCGCCAACAUGACGUGCAGCGACGACCAGUCCAUGCAGUGCGACACCAAUCGUUGUAUACCCAAGAGCUGGAUUUGCGACGGACUCAAAGACUGCUCGGACGGCGCGGACGAGGCGGCGGCGGCGUGCGCGGCGGCGGGCGCGGCGUGCGGCGCGGGGCGCUUCGCGUGCGCGCGCUCGCGGCGCUGCCUGCCCGCCGCCUGGCGCUGCGACGGCGCACGCGACUGCGGCCGCCGCGACGACAGCGACGAGCGCGGCUGCCAGAACCCGGAGUGCGGCGCGGUGAUGUUCGCGUGCGCGAGCGGCGCGUGCGUGCCGUGGGAGUACUACUGCGACGGCUACGCGGACUGCGCCGACGCGUCCGACGAGCUCGCCUGCGGACACACCGCCACCACCAGCGCUGGAGACACCGCUAGCACCGCCAGCACCGCCAGCACCGCCGGCGCCGCGCAGCCGCACCCGCCCGGCAACUCGCUACACAGCCACGAGCACGACAGGAGUGGGCUGUGCGAGGACCACGAGUACCAGUGCAUCAAUGGAGAAUGUAUCAGGAAGGAGUUCCACUGCGACUCGCGCAUCGACUGCGGCGACGCAUCCGACGAGCUAGAUUGCGAGACGAGCACCACGCCCGCUGGCACGGCCGCCGACGACGACGACGCCGACUUCGACGCUGACACCGACGCCGAUGCUGCCGCCAACGCCGAGGCGGAGUGCGCGCCACCCGCCGUGCGCUGCGACAACGGCACCCGCUGCGUGCCGCUGCUGCAGCUGUGCGACGGCACCGCUGACUGCGCCGACGGCGCCGACGAGGCGGACCGCUGCGGCGAGCCGAUGUGUGCGCUGGCGGCGUGCUCGCACGCGUGCCGGCCGGCGCCGGGCGGCCCGGUGUGCGCGUGCCCCGCGCCGCUGCACCUGCAGCCCGACCAGCUCACGUGCGGCGAGCGCCACCCCUGCACCGCCUGGGGCGUGUGCUCGCAGACCUGCCGCCCGCACAAGCAGCGCCACCGCUGCACCUGCUACCCCGGCUACCGCCUCGCCGACGACGGCUUCACCUGCAAGAGCACCGAGAGCACGCCGCCGCUGCUGGUGUACAGCAACCGGCACGAGGUGCGCGCCGUGGAGCUGCCGGCGGCCACGUCGCGCGCGCUCAUCUCCUCGCUGAAGAACACCAUCGCGCUGGACUGGCGCCGCGACCCCGCCUCCGGCGCGCUGCAGCUCUACUGGACCGACGUCGUCGACGACAAGAUAUACCGCGGCACCAUCGUCGGCAACGCAUUAAGCGGAAUCGAAGUUAUAGUACAGCAAGGUCUGUCCACUGCUGAGGGAUUGGCGGUGGACUGGGUCGCCGGGAACCUGUACUGGGUAGAGAGCAGCCUGCAUCAAAUCGAGGUGGCGCGACUGGAUGGCAAGUACCGUCGCACUCUCAUCGCCGGUGAUAUGGAGAACCCUCGCGCUAUCGCCGUCGACCCUUGUGUCGGGCUGGUGUUCUGGAGCGACUGGGAGGCGGCGGCGCCGCGCAUCGAGCGCGCGUCGCUGGCCGGGCGGCGGCGCGGCGCCGUGGUGCUGGCGGCGCGCGGCGCCUGGCCCAACGGGCUGGCGCUCGACCACCGCGCGCGCCGCCUGUACUGGGCCGACGCGCGCCUCGACGCCGUGCACGCCGCCACCUACGACGGCCGCGACCGCCGCCACGUGCUGCGCCGCCACGCCGCGCUCGCGCACCCCUUCGCGCUCACCGUUUUCGAGGCGCACGUCUACUGGACCGACUGGCGCAGCAACAGCGUCGCGCGCGCCAACAAGUGGAACGGCAGCGACGUCACGCUCGUGCAGCGCACGCUCACGCAGCCCUUCGACAUCAAGGUGAUCCACCCGAGCCGGCAGCCGGCCAGCGAGUACAACCCGUGCGGCGUGAACAACGGCAACUGCUCGCACCUGUGCCUCAUCGACAGCGAGCGCGAGCGCGUGUGCGCCUGCCCGCACGUCAUGCGCCUCGCCGCCGACGGCCUCUCCUGCGAAGUGCACGAGAAGGUGCUGCUGAUCGGGCGGCGCGGCGAGCUGCGCGGCGUGGACCUGGAACAGCCGCUGGUGCACACCAUCCCCACCGUGUCGAGCCCGCACCUCACCGCGCCCACGCAGCUGCACUUUCUCGCCGAGCAGUACGCCAUCUACUGGGCCGACACCGAGGCGAACGAGAUCAAGCGCACGGGGCUGACGGGCGGCGGCGUGACUCCGGUGGCGGAAGGCGGCGGCGUGUCGCCGCGCGGCUUCGCGCUGGACUGGGCGGCGGGGCUGCUGUACUACACCGCGGGGCCCGCGCUGGCCGUGAGCGGGCUCGAGGGCGAGCACUACACGCUGCUGUACGCCGACGGCUUCAGCAACGUGUCCGCGCUCGCCGUGGACCCGCUCAGGGGCGUGCUGUACUGGGCGCGGCGCGGGCGCGGCGGCUGGCUGCUGGAGGCGGCGCGCUGCGACGGCGGCGGCCGGCGCGCGCUGCUGCACCGCCACGCCGACCCGGACCUCGCUGACGUCGCCGGAAUGGUGAUGGACGUGAAGCAGAAUCGCUUGUACUGGGUGAACACCGCAUCGGCCACCAUACAGUACCUCGACGGGCACACCGGCAAACACUACACUGUGCCGCUGCCGGUCGGCGCGUGGCCGGCGGCGCUGGACGUGUACGGCGGGGAGGUGAUCUGGGCCAACGGCCGCGACGACUCGCUGUACGCCUGCAACGACACCGACGGCUCCCACCUGCGGCUGCUCCGGAACAAUACGCCGGGCGUGCUGGCGCUGCGCGUGUACGCGGCGGACGCGCAGCACGGCGCGGGCGCGUGCGGACGACGCUCGCAGCCGUGCCCGCAGCUGUGCGUGCCCGUGUCGGCGGCCGACAGCGUGUGCCUGUGCGCCGCCGGCUACCGCCGCGACGGCCACGCCUGCCGAGCGGUCGACGACGUGCUCGUGUACUCGCUGAGCUGGGAGGUGCAGGGCGUGCCGCUGAACGCGACGCCCGCGGACCCCGCGCACUCGCUGCUGCCGCCCAUCCCGCAGCUCUCGCUCGCCACCGCCAUCGACUACCACGCCGAGGGCGACUGGUUGUACUGGGCGGACUCGGAGGCGGGCAGCGUGUGGCGAGUGCGGCGCGACGGCACGCAGCGGCAGCUCGUCGUGCAGCAACCCGAACCGCUCGACACGCACUCCUACGACUGGCUCGCCGGGCUGGCGGUGGACUGGGUGGCGGGCAACGUCUACUGGUCGGACCCGCGGCGCGCGUUGGUGGAGGUGGCGCGGCUGGACGGCUCGCACCGCUACGUGCUGCUGGACACCGACCCGCUCGCCGUCACCAGCCUGGCGGUGGACGGCGCGCGCGGCUGGCUGUUCCUGGCGGGCGGCGGCUGGCUGCAGCGCGCGCGGCCCGACGGCUCGCAGCGCACCCUGCUGCACAACGGCACCGCCGUCGGCGACAUCGCACUCGACAUGCAGAACGAAAUGGUCUACUGGGCGGACACGUGGGAGGCAUCGGUGUGGCGCAUGCGUUACGACGGCUCGGCGCGCGAGCGGCUGGCGCGGCCGGCGGCGCCGCGCCGCCUCGCCAUCGCCGCACUCGCGAUUCACGCCGACACCAUCUACUGGCUCGACACGAUGGUGCAACACGGCAGUGUGCUGGCGGCGCCGGUUACCAACAUGAGUGACUACCGCGUGCUGCGCGACAACCUCGGGGACACACUCAAAGACAUAUUUAUAUGGUCGAGCGCGGCGCGGACGGCGGGCGGGCCGGCGGCGGCGGCGGCGGGCGGCGGCUGCGGCGGCGGCGGCGGCUGCGCGGCGCUGUGCCUGUGGGACGGCACGCGGCCGCGCUGCGCCUGUCCGCACGGCGACCUCGCGUCCGACGGCAAGAACUGCACGCCGUACGAGUCAUUCCUGAUGUACUCGCGCGUAACCAGCAUCGAGAGCAUUCACCUCACCGACGAGAAGGACCUCAACUCGCCCUACCCCUCCAUACAAAAUAAGGAGCUGAUGCGCAACGCGAUCAGCCUGGCGUACUCGUACAAUGAGUCGCGGCUGUUCUACUCGGACAUCCAGCGCGGCUCCAUCAACACGGUGCUGUUCGACGGCUCGCAGCACGAGCUGCUCAUAGACCAGGUGGGCGCGGUGGAGGGCAUGGUGUACGAGUGGCAGUCGGGCUGGCUGUACUGGACGUGCAACAGCGCCGCCAGCAUCCGCGGCGCGCACGUGCAGGGGGCGGCGGCGGCGGCGGGGCGGGGACAGCGGGGCCGGGCCGCGCCGCAGCCGCGCACCGUGCUGCGCCUGCCGCCCGGCGACCACCCGCGCGGCAUCGACAUCGACGUCUGCGAGAGGCGGCUGUACUGGACCAACUGGAACGAGUCGCACCCGUGCAUCCAGCGCGCGUACGUGAGCGGGCGCGGGCUGCAGACCAUCGUGUCCACCAGCAUCCUGAUGCCCAACGGGCUGGCGCUCGACCACGCCGCCAAGAAGAUCUACUGGGCGGACGCGCGCCUCGACAAGAUCGAGCGCAUGAACUACGACGGCUCGCACCGACACGUGGUGACGCGCGCGCGCGCCGAGCACCCGUUCGACGUGGCGGUGCGCGGCGCCUGGGUGUACUGGACCGACUGGGUGUCGCACGCCGUCUACCGCGCCGACAAGCUCGCCGGCGUCGUGACGCCGCUGCGGCGCGACGUGCCGCGCCCCAUGGCUAUCGUCGCCAUCGCGCCGGACCACCAGAGCUGCGCGGCGGACGCGUGCGCGGCGGGCAACGGCGGCUGCGCGGAGGCGUGCUACUCGGACGGCGCGGGCGCGGCGCGCUGCGCGUGCGGCGCGGGCCGGCGCGUGGCCGCCGACGGCCGCGCCUGCCGGCCCGCCGCCGCGCACUGCGCCGCCGCCGAGUUCGCGUGCGCCGAGGGCCCGUGCUUGCCGCAGGAGCUCGUCUGCGACGGCGUGCCGCACUGCUCCGACUCGGCCGACGCCAGCGACGAGGACCUCUACUACUGCACGUCCCGCGCGUGCCCGGCGGGCGCGGCGCGGUGCGGCGCGGGCGGGCGCUGCGUGGCGGCGGCGGCGCGCUGCGACGGCCGCGGCGACUGCGACGACGGCUCGGACGAGGCGGGCUGCGGCUGCGCGGCGGCGCAGUACGCGUGCGCGGACGGCGCGUGCGUGGCGCUGGCGGCGCGCUGCGACGGCGCGGCGCAGUGCGGCGACGCGUCCGACGAGCGCGGCUGCGGCGCCGCCGCCUGCGCCGCGCUCGGCCCGGCCGCGCGCGCCUGCCGCGCCGCCGGCUGCUACCUGCCCGCCUGGCGCUGCGACGGACACGCCGACUGCGCCGACGGCACCGACGAGGACAACUGCCCGCCCAUAACGACCAUGAGCGCGGAGCAGGAGGAGGAGCUGACGAGCUGCUCGCCGGACGAGUGGAGGUGCGGCGGCGGCGCGCCGGACGGCGGCGGCGGCGCGCCGGACGGCGGCGGCGGCGGCGGCUUGGAAUGCGUGCCGCUGAGCUGGCGCUGCGACGGCCGCGCCGACUGCGCCGACGGCUCCGACGAGGGGCCGCACUGCGAGUCGCCAGUGGUGAUCGGCAACUGCACGGCGGCGCAGUUCGCGUGCGGUUCGGGCGAGUGUGUGGCGGCGGGCAGCCGCUGCGACGGGCGGCGCGACUGCGCCGACGGCGCCGACGAGGCCGGCUGCGGCUGCCCGCCCGGCAACUUCAAGUGCGCACACUCUGACACGUGCCUGGAACCGACGUUGCUCUUAAUCUGUACUGCGACGGGGACGCGGACUGCGAGGACGGGUCGGACGAGCCGGCUGGAUGCGCAGGCGCCGACGCGGAGCUGGAGGCGGGCGACGGCGGCGGCGGCGCGCGCUGCGGCGGCGAGGCCGGCGCCGUGUACUGCGCGGGCCGCUGCCUGUCCGCCGUGUUCGUGUGCGACGGCCGCGACCAUUGCGAGGACGGCGGCGGCGCCGGCGCCGGCACCGACGAGGACCCGCACACGUGCAGCUCGUUCGUGUCGUCGUUCGGGCGCGGCGCGCUGGUGGCGGGCGCGGUGCGGCGGCGGCGGCGGGCGGUGCGGCCGCGACGAGUGGCUGUGCCGCAACGGCGCGUGCGUGGCGCGCGACCGGCUCUGCGACGGCGUCGACAACUGCGGCGACUACAGCGACGAGUGGCGCUGCAAUAUCAACGAGUGCCUGAUCCGUAACGGCGAGUGCGCACACAACUGCACGGACCUGCCCGUGGGCGCGGCGUGCUGGUGCCGGCGCGGUUGGCGGCGCGCCGCCGCCGGCGCCUGCGUCGACGUUGACGAGUGCGCCGAGGACGAACCCUGCGACCACCGGUGCAGGAACACAGUGGGGAGCUUCGUGUGCUCGUGUGCGGACGGGUACCGCCUGCUGGACGACGGCGCCAGCUGCGCGCCCGUGUCGCCGGUGCCGGCGUCGCUGAUCUUCACUAACCGGUACUACAUCCGGCGCACGUGGCUGCGGGCGGGCGCGGAGGCGACGUCGUUGCUGGUGCGCAAUCUCACCAACGCCGUAGCCCUGGACCUACACUGGGCCGCCGGCUGUCUCUACUGGAGCGACGUCACUCUCAUGGGCAGCGCCAUCCGUCGCUGGUGCGGCCUUCACCACCGCUCACACGCCGCCGACACGGCUGCCACCGCCGAGCCGGUUUCUGACGGAUACCAGCUGCUGCACGGCGGCACGCUGCAGAACCCGGACGGGCUGGCGGUGGACUGGGUGGCUGGCAACGUGUACUGGUGCGACAAGGGCACGGACACGGUGGAGGUGUCGCGGCUAGACGGCCGCCACCGCCGCGUGCUGCUGCGCCGCGGUCUCGCCGAGCCGCGCGCGCUCGCGCUGCACCCGCACACCGGCACGCUGUACUGGUCGGACUGGGGCGCGGAGCCGCACAUCGGGCGCGCGGGCAUGGACGGGUCGCGGCCCGCGGUGAUCGUGCGGCGCGGCCUCAAGUGGCCCAACGCGCUCACCGUCUCGCACGCCACCAACGAGCUCUACUUCGGCGACGCGCACGAGGACUACAUCGCCGUAGCGCGCCUCGACGGCACCAGGGUGCGGAUACUCUUCUCCAGGGAUCGCAUGCCGUGGCUGCGGCUGCACCACGUGUUCGCGCUGGCGGUGUGGGAAGGCCGCGUGUACUGGAGCGACUGGGAGACGCGCACGCUAGAGUCCUGCCGCCGCCGGCCCGCGCGCGCUGACCACUACCGGAAAAUGAACGCGACCCUCACCGAGGGUACGUCCGAAACGAAACUAGAAGACGGCGCGGGCGGCGCGUACGAGUGCCGCACACUCGCACACACGGUGCACAAGCCCAUGGACCUACGCGUGCUGCAUCCCGCACGGCAGCCGCCCAUACCGGAACUGUCGGACCAGUGUGCCGCGCUGAACUGCAGUGGACUGUGCCUGCUGUCACCGCUAGAGGAGAGUGCGGAUACGGGAGAAAGAACUGUGCGGGCGCAGGCGCGGUGCGGGUGCCCGGAGCAUUUCGUGCUGCAGCCGGACGGCCGCACGUGCACUCCCAACUGCACUUCCGCGCACUUUGUCUGCCGCACCACACUCAAGUGCAUACCUUUCUGGUGGCGCUGCGAUACCCAGGACGACUGCGGCGACGGGUCGGACGAGCCGGACACGUGUCCGCCGUUCCGCUGCUCGCCCGGACAAUUCCAGUGCAACAACGGCCGCUGCGCGCACCCGUCCGCCAUCUGCGACGGCGUGCAGCACUGUGGCGACGGCAGCGACGAGACCGACUGCGACACGUUCACGUGCCUGUCGUCGCAGUGGAAGUGCAGCGGCAACGCGACGGCGGGCGUGUCGGCGCGCUGCGUGGCGGCGGCGGCGCGCUGCGACGGGCGGCGCGACUGCCACGACGGCGACGACGAGCUCGACUGCCCGCCGCGCACCUGCCCCCCGCACCACUUCACGUGCGCGGGCGGCGGCUGCGUGCCGCUGGUGUGGGCGUGCGACGCGGACGCGGACUGCGCGGACGGGUCGGACGAGGGCGCGUGGUGCGCGGCGCGGCGCUGCGCGCGCGGCGAGCUGCGCUGCGGCUCGGGCCGCUGCGUGCCGCGCGCGUGGCGCUGCGACGCCGAGCCCGACUGCCCGGCGCGCGACGACGAGCGCGGCUGCGGCCCGCGCGCGCCCUGCGACCCCACCUACUUCCGCUGCCCGGCCGGCCGCUGCCUGCCCGGCCGCUGGCGCUGCGACUACGAGGACGACUGCGGCGACGGCGCCGACGAGCUCGGCUGCGCGCCGCGCAACUGCUCCGAGACCGAGUUCCGCUGCGGCAACCACGUGUGCAUCGGCGGCGCGCUGCGCUGCUCCGGCGUGGCCGACUGCCCGGACGGCGCCGACGAGCUGGGCUGCACCGAGUGCGGCCCGCUCGCCCGCCGCUGCGCGCGCCUCGACCAGUGCGUGCUCAGCGAGUGGUGGUGCGACGGCGAAGUGGACUGCAGCGACGGCUCGGACGAGGAGUCGUGCGGGGCGGGCGAGGCGGGCGAGGCGGACGAGGCUGGCGAGGCGGCGGCGGCGGCGUGCGGCGCGCGGCUGCGCUGCGGGCGCGAGGGCUGCGCGCCGGCGGCGUGGGCGUGCGACGGGCGCGCCGACUGCGCCGACGCCGCCGACGAGCGCGCCGCCGCCUGCGCCGCGCACGCCUGCCCGCCGCCCAUGUUCCGCUGCGGCGCCGGCCGCUGCCUGCCGCCCGCGCUGCUCUGCGACGGCUACGCGGACUGCCCCGACCGCGCCGACGAGGACCUCCACCUCUGUAUGAGGCGGGCGCACUUGGACAAGAUAGAGGGUACCGGUGAGGCAAACGUGCCGCUCGCGUGCCUGCCGCAAGAACUACGCUGCUACGACGGCCGCUGCCUACCCAAUGGCGACGGCUGCCAUCAAGAGGAGGGACCGUGCACGUGGCGCACGUGCUCGCAGCUGUGUCUGCCCAAACACAACAACUACACAUGCAAGUGUGUCUCCGGCUACAAACAACGACAACUAUCUGACGGAAGCUUUGCUUGUGAACCGCAAGGUGCGCGUGCGCAGGCGCAGCUGGUGGUGGCGAGCGGCGGCGUGCUGCUGCACUGGGACCUGCACCGCCACGAGCGCGCGCCGCCGCCGCCGCCGCCGCUGCCGCCCCUGCCGCCCCUGCCGCCCCUGCCGCCCCUGGCGCCGCCGCCCCUGCCGCCCUUCGUCUACACCGUGGUGGAGGGCGGGCCGGGCGGCGAGGUGCGCGGCGUGUGCGGCGCGCUGCUGGACGGCGCGUGGCGCGUGUGGUGGGCCGCCGCCGACGGCGCGCUGCGCACCGCCCGCCUCGCGCUGCCCGCCGCGCCCGCCGACGGCGCCGCGCCGCCGCCCCAGCCGCCGCCGCCGCCGCCGCCGCCGCCGGCCGACGUCGACAUCAUCGUGAAGGGCGGGGCCGCGGGCGGCUCGGCGCGCAGCGUGGCAGUGGACGGCGCGGCGCGACGCCUGUACUGGACGGCAACGCUGCAGCCGCGCGGCGGCGCGCUUUACUGCGCUACGCUGGACGGCCGCCGCCGCGUCACGCUGUACGCCGACGACGACGCCGAGCCCGACGACAUAGUGCUGCACCCCGACAACAGCACGGUGUUCUGGUCGGACCGCGGCGCGCGGCCCGGCGUGCUGGCGCUGCGCGCGGACGGCGCGGGCGGCGCGCGGCGGCUGGUGCGCUGGCGCGUGCGCCGCCCCACCGCGCUCGCGCUCUACGCGCCCGCCGCGCGCCUCUACUUCGUCGACGCCUACUACGACACGCUCGAGUCCGUGCGCCUCGACGGCGGCGACCGGCGGCUCGUCGCCGUCUUCGUGCACGCGGCCGGCGGCGGCGCGCCGCGGCCCCCGCGCCCGCCGCGCGCGCUCGACUACCGCAACGAGACGGCGCCGCCGGGCGUGGUGUCGUGGAGCCGCGCGUGCGCGCGCAUGGCCGUGGUGGAGGAGUGGGUGUGGUGCGGCACGGCGCACGGCGUGGCGCGCCUGCCGCGCCGCCAGCUGCGCGCGCCGCUGCCGCCGCUCGCCGUGCGCCGCGCCUUCUCCGCGCUGGCGCUGCUCGUGCCCGCCCGCGCCGACGAGCGAAACCCGUGCGAGGUGUCGGAGGGCUGGUCGGCGUGCGACCCGAGCGCGCUGUGCGUGCGCGGCGCGGCCGCGGCCGGCGACGGCGGCCCGCACGCGCCCUACUCCUGCCUGUGCCCGGACGGCCUCACGCCCACGUCUGACAGUCCCGACGAGGACCGGAAGUGCGUAAUAUCGAGCGCGCUGGACGGCGUGGACGUGGCCAGCGGGCGGGAGGCCGGGCAGGGCGAGGCGGCGCGCCGCUGCGGCGUGGAGUGCGGCGCGGGCACGUGCGUGCCGGCGGCGGACGGCGCGGCGCCGACGUGCGCGUGCCCGGCCGAGCUGGCGGGCGCGCGCUGCCAGCACUCGCGCUGCGACCAGCACUGCCUGCACCGCGGCCGCUGCCUGCUCGACACCAGCGACCCCUCCGUGCACCCGCCGCCGCUCAAGUGCGUGUGCCCGAGCGGCUACUGGGGCGCCCGCUGCGAGCGUGCGGCGGCGGCGGCGGCGGACGCGUGCGCCGGCCUGCGCUGCGAGAACGGGGGCUCCUGCCGUCUCUCGCGCUACUCCGCGCACUGCCUCUGCCCGGACGGCUACCACGGCGCGCGGUGCGAGCAGUGCACGGGCGGCCCGCUGUGCGGCAACGACAGCGUGUGCGUGCGCGGCGCCUGCGUGCACGCGCUCUGCCUCGACUACUGCCUCAACCAGGGCCGGUGCGUGGUGUCGGGCGCGGGCGCGGUGCGGUGCGAGUGCGGCGCGGCGUGGGCGGGCGAGCGCUGCCAGCGGCCCGCCUGCGUCGACGCCGCCUGCCGCGAGCCCGACAACCGCACCGCCGCCGCCGCCGCCGCCGCCGCCGCCGCCGACGCUGACCGUCACCACCAUCACGACCACCACGCUAACGACAGCGCGCCGACAGUAGGCGGCUGUAAGCCCGGCGACUGCAAGAACGGCGGGCAGUGCGUGGGCGUGGAUGCGGGCGUGGGCGUGGGCGUGGGCGUGGACGUGGGCGGCGUGGCCGAGUGCCGCUGCGGCGGCGCGUGGGGCGGGCCGCGCUGCUCGCAGUACGUGGGGCACGACCACGCGUGCCUGCACCACUGCUCGCCGCCCUCCUUCUGCGUCUGGCGGCCCGUCGUGGACCCGUCGUCCCCGGGCGUGCCGCACUGCGCGUGCCCGGCGGGCGCCAGCUGCUCGCCGCCCGCGGCGGUAGCGGGAGCGGACGCGGACGCGGACGCGGCGGCGGGCGCGGCGGCGGGCGCGGCGGCGGGCGCGGCGGCGGGCGGCGGGGCGUGGGCGGGCGCGGCGCUGGCGCUGGCGGCGCUGCUCGCGCUCGUAGCCGCCGCGCUGUACCUCUUACACAGGCGGAAACACGGCGCGUUCGUGCACGCGCGGCUGGCGGACAACGUGGAGAUCAACAACCCCAUGUACCUGGCCGGCGACGACGAGCCCGAGCCGCGCCCCGCGCCCGCGCACCAGAACGGAGGCAACCACUUCGCCAACCCGGUGUACGAGAGUAUGUACGUGCCGCAACAGAACCCCACGGAGGAGCACGCGAACUUGCUGGGCGCGAGCGCGGCGGAUGGCUCGUCGCCGCCGCCCGAGCGGUCCGCGCUGCUGUGAACAUGCCGCCGGCGUGCUGCCCGGCCACGCGGCGGCUGCACCACCACGCCACGUCGCCACCGCGCCCUGCUCACUGUACACGCGCCGGUUUCUCUUAGUUUUAACUAUUGUACAAUGAUUGGCAUCACGUACCAUGAUUCUGAAAAGAACAAAAUGACCUAUAGGAAUGUAAUAUUAAAAAAGGAUAGUGUCUAAAUAUCCCAUCUUGCUCACCUAUGGAGAGAGCUUAAAGUUACGAAAAUUAUUGGUCCAAACAAUAUUUUUUUCUAUUUAGGGAGAGGUCACUUUAUUUUGGUGUUAAAUUCAUGAUGGGCAGUUACUUUAAAUGCUUUAAGAUAAUGCUCAAUAUUAGAACGGCCCUAACUGAUCAUGUUUUACUUGUAAUGUAAGGGUUUACUCUCCAUUGAAUCUAAAUACAUGACAUGAACAUACAUGACGUGAACAUACAUGACGUGAACAUACAUGACAUGUUUCUCCUCUAUAUACAGCGAAUAACUACAUCUUGCCUUUAUGAUAAAGUUUAUUUAUUAUAAAAGAAAUAAUUUAUCGACAAAUCGACAUUAUAAUGUAGUACAUUAUUUGUACGACGCGUCGCACCGCAACCAAUCCGUACUGCGUACCUAUAAUUAUAAUAGGUAAUUAUAGUUGUUGAGCGAGCGACCUUGACUCAAACAGCCACGUAAUUUAAUUUAUAAAUCCUACUUCAAAUUAUGACAUUAUAUUAUUACAUUAUUUCAAGGAAUAAUUUAUUUUCGCUUUUAUUACAUGAGUAAAUAUAUUGAGACAUUAAUUUUCGUUAAUUAUAGAAAAUACAUAAUAUACCUGCAUGUAAGUUAAAAUCAAUUUUUAGUUAUACAAAUAAAAAAAAUUCAACUAUAUAUAUAUAUAUAUAUAUAUAUAUAUAUAUAUAUAUAUAUAUAUAUGAUCCUUUUGUGUUACUAUGACACACGCUUUAAAAGAAAAUAUUGUUACUUCUUCUAUGUAUUUUGCUUUUUCUUAAUAUGCAUUCUUUUAUCUCUUUUUACUGUGUACUCUGUCUGUUUUUAUUUACAUGCUGCAAGUAAUACAAAUAAAUUAUAUAUCUACGUAUCCAAAUCGUUACAAUAUCCUUGUCUUAUAAUGAAUAUAUGACAAGGGUAGCAAGUUGUCGAUGCAUUAAUACGAGGUAUAGCUCGAUCGCUUCACAUCUGAUGUACAGUCUUGCUCGUGCGAGGGCACUGCGUCUUCUUGCCAAACUGUAUUUUAUAAUUUCGAGUAAAACUUGAGUCGCUCGUUGCAGCGAUUAGUUUUGUCAGGUUUUAUUCAUUCAUGUGGCAUUAUUUAAUUAGGCAUCUCAUUAUAUUAUAUUAUAUAUAUGUUUGUCACAUUUAAUAGUUUACUUUUGUAGCUGUGACUUGCUAAAGUCGAACUUUCUCGAACUAUUUUGAACAAUGAAUAAAUACUUACGAAUACGAAUUAAUACUUUAAGUAGACAAUUGUUUUUUACAUUUUAUUUAAUAGUUGUGAUGAGUCUAUAGUUGUAAAUACCGCGAGACAAUUGUUUAGUUGUUAAGUACAUUGACAUGUAAGGUACUGACGUUCCCUACUGUACAGGCCGGGGGAAGUAAUUUAGUACGAUUUACAUCAAACGGUACGACGGAGCGCUUUUUGUAUGGCUAUUUUGUGAAUUGUAAUAUUAUAGAGUUAUUUACUACUUCUUAUAAUAUAAAUAAUAAUAAAAAAAGGAAUUAAUAGUAAUUUACAUGAAAUUUAAAAGUUUAUACAUAUGAUAAUAGGCGAACUAUAUAGUUUAAUUUAUUUAUUUAUUUAUUAUUUUUUUCUUUAUCAAGAAUUAGCGCGGCUGGCUUUUGGCCACAGCAAAACAUCAGUUUUGUUCUUUUGAGAGCAAAACAAUAAACUGAGUUGUGACAAUUGUGUUAUUGUGACACGCUCACGAAAAAUUAUGUUACCUUUUUAUAUGUACUUUCUAUUUGUUUUAUUUUUUGUAUAUGUAUGAUUUUUUUACUUUUUUUAAGUAAAUGUGUACCAAUAUCUGAUGUUAUUUGUGUGCUGUAAGUGAUACAAAUAAAUUAUACAAUAUAUCUGUGUAUCUAUAUAUAUUUUUUUCUUUUUUCUAUAUUGUAAAAUGCAUUUUUACACGCUCCACCUCGCACCGUCCGGUGUAAAUCGUACACACUUUAAUGUGACAUUAUUGAAAAAUCGUACCGUAUUCAAUAAUUUUUGCAAUGCUCAAAAUCACAGUAUUGUGUGCCAUAUUUAAAAAGUAAUGUAAUGUUUGUUGUGAGCUAUUGGAGUUCCUCGAAUCAAUACUCGCGGUUAGUGCGUAGCUAAUGUGAGCUCGACCACUUGUAAACUGUAGGUUGUAGGUUGUAUGCACACUGUUGUAAUAUAAAGUUAUCAUUUAUCGUAUAUAUAUAUAUAUAUAUAUAUAUAUAUAUAUAUAUAUAUAUAUAUAUAUAUAUAUAAUUCACAAACAUUCGUUUGGGUAUGAUUUAAUCUAUAAAAUGUAAACACAAGACACUGCAUUAUGUAUUGAUCUCUCUUUUAUACCUUUUUAUGCUAUUAUAUAUUAAGAUUUUUGUAAAACAAAGAUAUUAUUUGUAUCACAAUUUUGAAUUCUAUCAAUCUGAUGCAAUUCACUACUUUCAGCUCGAUUGUUUUCGUAAUUGUAAAUUUACAGAAAUAAACACGCGAAAUAAAAUUAAUAAAAAUAUUUUACAAAUUAUUUGCGGUUUUACCGCCAUAUUUAUUUUAUAUUGUUCUUACGACACCCCGUUUAUUAAAUCUACGAAGCCGUCGAGGCUACUGGUUCGCCAAAGAUUCAUAUACGUACAUCGAUCGAUAUCAUAAAUUUUUUGGUGGUCGGAUAAAAUUCAAUUUACUCGUUUAUUAUAUCGAAUAGAAAUAAAUAAUGAUUUAAUUUGGAUAAUUUUCUAUUUUUUUAGUACAUUUUUAUAUAAUUGAAAAAAAUAUUAAUAACAAAUCCAUGUUAUUUUAUAAAUUAUAUUUAGUGUGUGUAUCGUUCGAACAAUACAAUAAUGGUUGUGUGUAUUUUAGUUAUUCCAAAUUCAAACUUUAUAAUAAACAAGAAUUGUACUUAUCUUUUUUUUUUUGUAUUAAUGGCGCGAAAUUGUACAGUCAGUUUCAUAAUUUUUGGUCGGUUGGCAGCUAAAUUGAAUGAUAUGUACACGCAUUAUGACGUGCACAAGAAAUAAAAAAAUAUAUCUUUUAUUGAUAUAAGAGAUAAAUAUUAUGUUGGCAUUAUCAUCAUCAGUUCACAGCUGGACGUAAUCACUUCCAAGAUGGCCUACUUGUACGACAAAAAAGACAUCACAAUAUAUUAUAUAUGUGUACCAGUAAAUUUAUAGCGACUGGUGGAGAGUUAAAUAUUGACGUGAACCUAAAUGUGUGUGUACAUAUCGACUGCAUAUCAUUGCAAAAGAGCAUAGGCGCUUUUAGAAAUUUCACGUAACACAGUAACACCUUAUAUUAUUUAUUUAUUAAACUGUAAUACACUUGGUGUAAAUGGCGGACUUAAUACCAUAUAUAACAACUCUUUAUAUUGUGUGACAUAAGCAUGAAAACUUUUAGAUGAAGUUGAAACAAUUAUAAUAUACUAAAAAAAAAAAAACGUAAACUAUGAUAUUGUACUACGACAUAUUUUAAAAGCGUCCAAUCUUUUUUUUUUUAAUAAUUUUACCGACAGCGUUAGAGUAGUAAUAUGGAUUUGCAAACAAGACGUUAGGUAUGAAGGCAUAACAUUUUAGUCCUACAGAACUAUAAACUAUACUCUAUAGAGGUCUAUAGGCGACGGUUGCCGCUCUUCAGGCGGGCCGUCAGCUUGUUUGCCAUACCAAGUAUUUAAAAAUAGUUACGUAUAAAAAUCUUUUAUCAAGCUAUACCAGAUGUUAGCAGAAUAGAUCCCUGUUCAUUGUCAACGUUCCAAUUUAUAUGAACAAACAACUUGUAGUGUUUAAGUACGGCUUAGGUUAAGGUUGUCUGAGAAAUAAAACUAUCACGAACCA